GUAAAAUAUAACUUUAUACAUAUAUAACUUCAACAGUAAUUCUCUCUAUUAACGACUAAAAUUUAGUCCAAUAGACGUUUGACUUGUACGUGUUGUCUCGUUUUGAUUUUUAGACUGCUUCAGCCAUGGACGACACUGAGAAGACUUACGUUGUGCUUCCCCUCGCAGACCAUACACAUACGGUUAUCUUAUUACAUGGCCGCGACAGCACGGCCGCCGAAUUCGCUGAAGAAUUCUUCGAAAGUCAAGCGUCUGAUAGACGAACACUAUGCGAGAUCUUCCCCAACUUCAAAUGGGUAUUUCCAAAUUCAGGGCAACGAAAUUCAACUCGGUUCGAGAUGGAAAUGGCGCAAUGGUUCGACAUUUGGUCAGUUGAAGAACCAGAAAAUCGGAAAGAGUUACAAGUCGCUGGCUUGACAGAAAGCGUUGCUUUCAUUCUCAAUAUCAUUCGCGAUGAAGCAUCUUCCGUUCCACCAGAGCAUAUUUUCCUUGGAGGUAUAAGCCAAGGUUGUGCCACGGCAAUUCAUGCUUUAAUGCAUUGUGAUAUUCAGCUCAAUGGGUUUAUUGGGUUCUGUGGAUGGCUUCCAUUUCAAGAAGAAAUUGAAACAAUCACAAAAAAUACAACAACUGCUGGCUCUCUGCAAGAAAUUCGAAGUAUAUUGAAGCCUACAUCCAGCGAUUCUUAUAUCUCAGCUCGCGGACAGCCGUACGGGAAAUCAAAAUCGGCCUUAUCGACCCCUGUGUUUCUUUCUCACUCGUUAGACGAUCCCAUCGUGCCAGUGUCCAAUGGAAAAAAAUUAUAUCAAGACUUGAAUUGUUUGGGCAUGACCGUCAUAUGGAAAGCAUAUGAGGACGGAGGCCACUGGAUCAAUGAACCGCAGGGUGUGGAUGAUAUGGUUGAUUUUCUGCAAAACAUUGUAACCGUUUAAAACCGUUUGAAGUAUACAAAUACCAGCAGUCUUGAUCCGUACCGUCGACGAUUUAGCUUUGACAGAUAGCUAGUGGUUACUCACCCUACGUAAAUUCAUACCCCAUCAUAAGUAAAGUUAACUUGAGCUUUCGAGAGUGUUUCCGGAUCUCCUUUUUCGUUUAAGGGAAGUCAGAUUUUAUUCGUUGUCAUGUUCAUGUAAACGGCAAACGUCGACAACUAGCAGAUGGCGAAUGAUUUUGCGGCGGAGACGUCUAGAUGAAGUCACUUCCAGUUCACUACUGUGUCUUCUAUCUGACCUGGAAGCACUUCUU